AUGCGGAAGAUCGAAUCACCGAAGCCGGAUAAACUGGCAACGUUCAUCCUAUUCGGAAAUGCCAUAGAACAGCUUUGUGAGCAUUUGGAGGCGGCAGAUUUGCAACAACACCUGGUCAACCCAAUAUUGAUCCAAGAUUUGGUGGAUAAACUCCCAGCCGGCGACAAACGCGAAUGGGUCCGCUUUAAAAGGAUCAAGGGGGAGGUGACGUUAACGGGACCGGAUCUGUUCGUUCCGUUGGUGACCGUUCUCGCUGGUAUCAGGAAACGUAGGAUUGCGUUUGGGGGCGAUACGCGCGAGAUGUACCACCAGCUCAGAAUCAUAGCCACCGACAAACAAGCUCAGCGUUUCUUGUUCAGGAUGAACAAAGAGGUUUCGCCAAGUGUCUACGUGAUGGACGUAGCGAUAUUUGGGACAUGCUCUCCGUGCUCGGCCCAAUUCGUGAAAAACAAGAAUGCAACGGAAUACGCCUCAGAAUAUCCGGAAGCUGCAGCAGCAAUAAUCAAACGCCAUUAUGUCGACGACUAUUUCGAUAGCGUCGACACCGAAGAAGAAGCGAUUCGUCGAGCCAAGGAGAUCACUUUCGUCCAGUCGAAGGCAGGGUUUGAGAUCCGCAAUUGGGUUCCAAAUUCCUCGACAGUUCGCCGAAGUCUCGGAGAAACAGAACCUGCUCAAGAUGUCUAUCUCGGUCUGGUGAAGUCGACCGGAAACGAAAGAGUGCUGGGAAUAGUCUGGAGCCCUAGUCAGGACACGUUUUCGUUCUCUACGGAGCAUCGCGAACAACUGCAAGAAUACCUUACGGGCAGUCGGCGAAAAAUCCUAAUUCAAGAGCUCUGGCGGUCCGGCUGCUCUUGGGAUGAGGCGAUUGACGAUAAUAGCUGGCCGAAGUGGAAGCGGUGGAUCGGACUGCUGCCGCGGGUGGAGGCAAUUAGAAUUCCGCGAUGCUAUAUCGGAGAUUCCUCCUGGGCAGACGUCGACUCAGCAGAAUUGCACAUGUUCACGGAUGCAAGUGAGUAUGCCUAUGGAUGCGUCGGAUAUCUGCGGGCGGUCGUGCAUGGUACAGUCCGUGUUACCCUGCUGAUGGCACGUUCCAAAGUAGCGCCACUGAAGCGGCAAUCGAUUCCGCGUCUGGAAUUAAUGGCAGCUGUAACAGGAGCACGUCUACUUCACUCAAUCAUCACUAUGCACUUCAUCAAAUUUGAUCGCUUUGUUUUAUGGACCAACUCGCAAACUGUGCGCAGUUGGAUCUGUUCCGAUCAACAUAAGUUCAAGCAAUUCGUUGCUUUCCGAGUUGGCGAGAUAUUGGAACUGACAAGACCGGUUGACUGGCGAUGGGACGGCCCUAAUUUUCUCUACAACUCCGAGGACAAAUGGCCCUCACAAGCUGUGCUAGCCGCAGAAACUUCAGAAGAAGCCCGAACCUUCGUUCUGCAUCACGACGUGAAGUUGGUGCAAGGUGUGAUCGACGGAACAAGGUUCUCUCGGUGGACGAGGCUGCUGAGAAGUACGGCGAUGGUGAUACGAUUUCUGGCUAACUGUAGACGCAAGAAAAAGGGCGAACCGCUGCUGACGUACUGGGCUACGAGUAAACAGCGGCGCAUGAUCUGCGCGAAUCUGUUGACAGAGUGUCAGCCGCUGCAGGGAAACGAAUUGGCCUUAGCUGAAACUGUGCUAUGGAAACAAGUUCAGAGCGAAAGUUUUCCAGAUGAAACAACUGCGCUGGUGAAGAAUAACGAUCGAUCUCUCGAUCAACCGCUGGUACGGAUCGGGAAAUCUAGCGUACUCUACAAGCUUAAUCCUGUACUGGACCAAAACGGCGUUGUCAGGGAAGGAGGCAGAAUGGAAGCUGCGCAAGACCUUCCGUUUGACAAAAAGUACCCGAUCAUUUUAAGCAGAAACCAUGACAUCACUAAGAUGUUGAUCCUCUCUUAUCAUGGAAAGUUUGGACACGCGAAUAAUGAAACGGUUUUUAAUUAA